UGUUACGUUGUCUAAAAAAUAAGAGAGAACAAAUUCCCGCGAGCAUUCCGUUUCCGGUCCGUUACGUUGUCACCAGCGAUGCGCUCUGCUUCUUUUAUGGCGGAUGGCGGUGACUGCAUGCGAAGACAGGACGGAGGCUUCAUGGAAACCCUAGCCGCCGCCGUCUCCUCCCUCCCAGACUCCGAGCUCCUCCACUCCAUCGCUGAUGCCCUCGUCUCCGCCGGCGGCGACGGGCGGCCCCUCCGCCUCCUACGCCGCUCGCUCAUGCUCUCCCUCCACUUGUUUCUCUCCCUCCUCUCGCUCUUCUCCCUUGUCCUCUCCCACCUGUCAUCUCCUCCCCGCCGUCCUCCUCCCCGCGCCUCCGCCCCGGACCCGCUCUCCCCGACUGAUGGCACCAGCGCGGGGCGCGCCCUCUCGCGCGUGCUCUCCGCCGUGUCGCGAGUCCCCGUCGCCUCCCGCAAGUACGACCUCGUCCGCUCCCUCGCGGAGCGCCUCCUCGGCGACAACCUCCGCUACGCCAGCGGCGAGGGCCGGGCGUUCCAGGUCAUCAACCGCGCGGCCCUGUCCGCUGCGUUCGCUAGGACUCUCCGCCGUCUCGAGGCGGCCGUGGCUGCGGAAGCGUCGCUGGCGCCUGGGGAUUGGUCGGGCGGGCGAAUCAUGGGCGCGGUGAAGUCUAGGUUGAGGAGAUGGGCGGAGGGGGCAGCGGUGGCGCCGGGAAUGGUGGUAGGGGUAGGAGUAUCGGCGGACAAACUCGCGGCGGAGGUGAUGUGGCUGGGGCAAAAGAUGGCGGAGAGCGGGGCGGUGGCGGAUGCGGUGGCGAUGUGGGGAGAGGCGGCCGGGCUCGCACAGCUCGCUGUCUCCGCCGUGCCGCGCCUGCAGGUGGCCCUCGUCCGGGUCUGCGCAUUCAUGUUCAAGCACGCUAACUCUAAGAACUUUGAUGAAGUGAAGGUUAGGGAAGAGGAAGAAUCACACUUGGCAAUCUUUCAAAUGGCAAUGCUUAAGUCAUGGUUGCCAUUGAUUUGUCAAGCCUGCAAUGGUGUAGAUACUCCCAUACUAAGCAGUAGGGUGAGAGCAGAGAUGGUGAGCAUGCUCGAAGAGAUGAUUGAGAAGCUUAGUUGGGACCAGCAAGAGGAGGUACUAUCACUCUGGCUUCAUCACUUCACUGAAUGCCCUGACUCUGACUGGCCUAAUCUGGAAUCUUGCUACAUGCGUUGGUACUCAGAAUCUCUAAGAUUUCUCUGACAUGACAGAUAGUAUGCCCUAUUCAAAUAAAACUAUAGAUUUCUGCUUCCAGUACUUGGACUAAUUGUUAGGAAACAUCAGUCAUCUAGUUUUUUUUCUGUUUUUCUCUCAAAUCAGUCAUCUAUUGUACUGGUGUCCAAUGUAAUGUUUUGUGAAUGUAAUUAGACACAUGGAAUAUUCCUUGUCAUAUGAAAAGUAUUUAUUUUACAUUGCAGUUA